AUGUACAGAUUAACCUGCCUGUGUACGACGGGUUAAGGAAGAGACCGUCGAAGAGGACAGCCAUGAAGUGGAUACGGUUCUCGCUCCUGGUUUUGGGGGUGUUUUCCCUCUGCUGUGCCACGGCUGGUGACAGCAGCGGCAUAAAGAAAAUGAAGAUGCAGUUUGCCACUGGACCUCUUCUCAGGUUUCAAAUCUGCAUUUCCUGAGGAUACAAGCGGGUGUUUGAGGAGUACACGCAGGCCUUGUACCAGCGGUACCCAGACAUCCGCAUUGAAGGGGAGAACUAUCUUCCUGUUCCCAUGUAUCGACACAUUGCUUCCUUCCUGUCUGUUUUCAAACUGCUGGUGAUUGGGCUGAUUAUCAUCGGCAGGGACCCGUUCGCUCUCUUUGGUAUGCAAGCCCCCGGAAUGUGGGAAUGGGGCCAAGGAAAUAAGGUAAGGUUUCCUGGAAUCAAAACUGUGUCCUUAUGGGAGCGUUUUUACUCUAGUGUUUUUAAUGUGUAACAGCGUGUUAGACGG